AUGCCAGCUACAGGCGGGGUCUUUGUUUACAGUCAAAGUCAGCAAAUCCUACUUCCCAAGAGAUCAAAAACAAACUUGUAUACGAAUCUUGGAACCUCGCUCUCCGCGGAAGGCUUGGACGAUGAGGCUGCCGAAAACUACGAGCAGGCUCUCGCCCACUAUAGGGAGAAAAUUGACAGGCUUGAAUAUGUAGAAGCGCAACAAGAAGUAACCACAAUUGCUGCACAAGCUGCUUUUUUUCUCGGCAUGGUCUAUCAGGACUUGCAUCGACCCAACGAUGCCGCCGAGGCGUACAGUCUAGCACAUUCAUUGGAUCCUCGGCACUGGUCGGCGGCGGCUAAUCUCGGGGCGUUGCUCCACGAUAACAUGGCCAAUCACGCAAAAGCGUUGCAAGCCUACAAUCUGGCGUACGAUAUUCUAACUAACCGGGAGGAAGAACCAACUGACCCGCCCCUGGAGCCUCGUUUCAUUCUCAGUCAACUCCAGUACCGCAUCGGUCUCUGCAUUACGCACGAUAGUACUCAGAAGUGCGCAAACGUGGACAACCCGGGAACUCCGAUCGAUUGCCAAGAGUUUGCCGCACACGCGUUUGCGUUGGCAGUCGAGUACGACGAGGACAACGAAUCGGCCAAGCAUAUGCUGGCGACCGUGACCGCCGACGCAACCAUGAAACGGGCCUCCAAUACCUAUAUUAAAUCAUUGUUUGACGAUUACGCGUCCAACUUUGAGCAUUCUCUGGUGCAGGACUUGGGCUACACGGGAUACGAGCGGUUGCGACGAGGGUUUGAUCAAGCCUUAGAACAAGAUGGCAAAUCGGGACUAGUAAUGUUCGCUACCGUGGUAGAUGCGGGUUGUGGGACGGGCUUGGUCGGUGAGCAGUUUCGGAACGUAAGUCAACACUUGACCGGGGUCGAUUUAAGCCAAGCCAUUCUAGACGAAGCAGUAAAGGCGCGUCCCAACCUUUACGACAAAGUGAUUGUCGGCGACGUUACGACCGUAUUCCGCGAACGCCAGCCAAUUUCUCUGAUUAUUGCCGCCGACUCGUACACUUAUUUUGGAGAUUUGGAGCCCCUGUUUGAGGCUAUGCAAGUAGGUUUGGAAACCGGGGGUUACGCGGCUUUCACAUUGGAAGAUGUUGACGAAGCUACGGAAGCGGCUCUGGAAGCGACGAAACCUGAUUGGCGAUGGCAAUUGACGGCUUCGGGUCGUUUUGCUCAUCGCAAGGGAUAUGUACAACUUACUGCCAAAAAAUACGGCCUGAAACUGAUACACUACGAGCAAUUGGUGAACUUUCGGUACGAGCGCGGUGUCGGUGUCCGUGGGCACCUUUUCGUACUGCGUCAAAGUGCGGAUCAUAGAGAAGAGUUAUAG